GGCGGGGCUGGGCUAUCAGGAUCCGUCCGGAGGAAGCGGGGCGGCCAUCUUGGAUGGUGUAGGAGCAGCACGGAGGGGGCAGAGCGGUCCUGUGUGGAGGGGUGGAAAUUAUCGCAGAAACCGCCCCCAAAUGCCCGGGGGAGUCCGGGGAGCGAGCCGGGCCCUGUGUGCAGUGUCGGCGGCGCAGCCUUCCAGCCGCCCCGUGUGAGGCCGCGGUAACCCAUGAGCCUCGCCCCAGUGACAUCUCCUGUGACUCGGGGCCUGUGUGACUGGCUGCUCGGUGCCCGGGCCCUCCUCCUCCCCCUGUACGCGGACGAUGGAGCCCGGUGUCUGACCCUCCGCAGCCGCCUGUACAUGAUGAGCCCCCGGGAGGCCGGAGGGCGUCAGUGAAGGACGGCACAUUGGAGGAUCUGACCGUAACCACUAGCGCCCGCUCCCAGGCUCAGCGCCCCGACUUCUCCCUGCGCUGCAGGGCGCCCAGACAGGGGCCACAAUGUCCACCCGGACUCCCCUGCCCACGGUGAACGAGCGGGACACCGAGAACCAUACUUCUCUCGGAGACGGGCGGCAAGAUGUCCCUGCUCGUUCCGGACGUUCUGGAGCUCGAAACAGGAAUUCAAUAGCUUCUUGCGCUGAUGAACAGCCGCAUAUUGGAAACUAUCGACUUCUCAAAACUAUCGGCAAAGGCAAUUUUGCCAAAGUGAAACUGGCCCGGCAUAUUCUCACCGGCAGAGAGGUGGCAAUAAAAAUAAUUGAUAAAACCCAGCUAAAUCCAACUAGUCUGCAAAAGCUUUUCAGGGAAGUACGAAUAAUGAAGAUUUUAAAUCAUCCUAAUAUAGUUAAAUUAUUUGAAGUCAUUGAAACAGAAAAAACUCUCUACUUAAUAAUGGAAUAUGCGAGUGGAGGGGAAGUGUUUGACUAUUUAGUUGCACAUGGAAGAAUGAAGGAAAAGGAAGCAAGAGCCAAAUUCCGGCAGAUUGUAUCUGCAGUGCAAUAUUGCCAUCAGAAACACAUUGUGCAUAGAGACCUUAAGGCAGAGAACCUUCUACUGGAUGCAGACAUGAACAUUAAGAUCGCAGACUUCGGGUUUAGCAACGAAUUUACUGUGGGCAACAAACUGGACACGUUUUGCGGCAGCCCACCCUACGCUGCUCCGGAGCUCUUCCAGGGGAAGAAGUACGACGGGCCCGAGGUGGACGUUUGGAGCUUAGGGGUUAUUCUCUACACUCUUGUCAGUGGUUCCUUACCCUUCGAUGGUCAAAAUUUAAAGGAAUUAAGGGAACGAGUGCUGAGAGGGAAAUACAGAAUUCCCUUCUACAUGUCUACAGACUGUGAAAAUCUUCUCAAGCGUUUCCUGGUGCUAAACCCAACCAAGAGAGGCACUCUAGAGCAAAUAAUGAAGGACAGAUGGAUCAAUGCGGGACACGAAGAGGAUGAGCUGAAACCAUUUGUGGAGCCAGAGCUUGAUAUUGCGGACCAGAAACGAAUAGAUAUAAUGGUUGGAAUGGGAUAUUCGAGGGAAGAGAUACAAGAAUCCCUUAGCAAAAUGAAAUACGAUGAGAUCACCGCUACAUACCUGUUACUUGGAAGAAAAUCAACAGAGUUGGAUGCCAGCGAUUCCAGCUCUAGCAGCAAUUUGUCACUUGCUAAAGUCAGACCGAGCAGCGACCUCAACAAUAGCACUGGACAGUCCCCGCACCACAAGGUGCAACGCAGCAUCUCUUCCAGCCAAAAACAGAGGCGGUACAGUGACCACGCUGGCCCUGCCAUACCUGCAGUUACAGCUUACCCAAAACGAAGCCAGACAAGCACCACGGAUAAUGAUCUUAAAGAAGAGGGGGUGCAGUCGCGGAAAUCUAGUAGCAGUGCGGUUAGCGGGAGAGGAGUAGCGCCUCCUAGCCCCAUGCUUGGAAAUGCAAACAACCCAAAUAAGGCGGAUAUACCCGACCGGAAGAAGAGUUCUGUUGUUCCCAGUAAUAAUUCUACGUCCAGCGGGAUGACCCGUCGAAAUACUUACGUCUGCAGUGAGCGCGCCUCCACUGACCGGCACUCAGUCAUUCAAAAUGGCAAAGAGAACAGCCUGACAGGAAUAUUCACUUACGCAACUAGUCCCGCCUCAGUAUGCGCCAUAUCUUCCAUCUUUGCUCGACUGCGGCAUCCGAAAUCUAUGUCCAGGUCAGCCUCCCGGCACUCCGAGAUGUUACCGCCAAUUACCACUGAAGCCGUUAACUUCGGGCCUGUCACAAUCCCUGAUCAGAGGACGUCGGUGGCCUCAACGCACAGCAUAACAAGCACCACUACGCCAGACCGCAUGCGCUUCCCCAGAGGAACCCCCAGCCGAAGCACUUUCCAUGGCCAACUCCGUGAGCGACGAACUGCUACCUACAACGGCCCGCCCGCCUCGCCCAGCUUAUCUCAUGAAGCCACACCUCUGUCACAGACUCGAAGUAGAGGCUCCACAAAUCUUUUUAGUAAAUUAACUUCAAAAUUAACUAGAAGAAACAUGUCAUUCAGAUUUAUAAAAAGGCUCCCAACUGAAUCUGAGAGAAACGGGAGAUAUGAGGGCUCAAGUCGUAAUGUGUCAGGGGACCAGAAAGAUGAAAACAAGGAAUCAAAACCACGGUCGCUGAGAUUUACUUGGAGCAUGAAAACGACGAGUUCCAUGGAUCCCAAUGACAUGAUGCGCGAGAUCCGCAAGGUCCUAGACGCCAACAAUUGUGACUAUGAGCAGAGAGAGCGAUUCUUACUCUUCUGCGUCCACGGCGAUGGGCACGCAGAAAACCUUGUCCAGUGGGAGAUGGAAGUGUGCAAACUGCCAAGACUCUCUUUGAAUGGCGUCCGCUUUAAGCGGAUAUCUGGGACAUCAAUAGCUUUCAAAAACAUUGCUUCCAAAAUUGCCAAUGAGUUAAAACUGUAAUAUAGGGGGAGGAAAGGCGAACGGUCAAGUUGUAAAUGACGUAGCAAUUCUAAGUGUUUGCCCAAGAACACUGGUUUAAUGUAUAGAAUUAUUUAGGCAAUAAUUCCUGCAUCUCCUGAAUUAUAUAACAGACGGAACAUGCUGCUGGAAUAGGAGGGAGAGUUUUGUUUUUUUUUGUUUAUAUAUAUAUAUAUAUAUAUAUAUAUAUAUAUAUAUAUAUAUAUAUAGUGCACUACAGCAUUAAAUUUGCCUACCAUGUAAAUUAUUUACUUUUGGCUUUUUCUGUGCUCUGUUCAUGGCAAUGAUAUUCACCUACUAUUUCCUUAAUGAUAUCCAUCCCGUAUGUGUGCGCAAGUAUGGAUGUUCUCAGUUUGCGCUGGGCACACAGAAUUGUGUAAAAAAAAAAAAAAAAAAAAAAAAAAAAAAGUCUGUUAUUUAACAGACCCUACUGUACCACCGAAAAUACCCUUGUUUUCUGUAUAAUGUUUUUCUGAAGGAAAUUUCUUUUGUUACAAUUUUUUUUUUUUUUUAUAAUGCACAAAUGUUGAUUCCACGUGUUCUGUUAUGACAGUAUUUUCAUUGUCCUGUUUAGAGGGUAAGAAAAGGGCGAGAGAAUUGUAACACAAUGAAAGCCACAUGGCCAGCGAUUAAACAGUUUCCCAGCUGAAGAAGCGCAAAA